AUGGAAAUAAAUCAUACAAGAAUUAGCGCGGAUAAUGACCUGGGAUACGGUCUUUUUUCAACAGUCAAUUUAAAUCCUGGGGAUUCCAUUAUUAUCAUCUACAAGCCCCUUUUGUUGAUUACCGAGAAUCAAGCACUACACCGUGUAUGCGCCAAUUGUUUUGUUGAAAGAGGAGAAGAUCUGGAGCUAAGACCCUGCUCCAAAUGUGGUGUUGUAAAUUUUUGUUGUGAUGGUUGCGAAAAAUCAUCAUUAAAAUCAGGAUCCCACAGAGCAGAAUGUGCCUAUCUAAAGUCAAGAAAGCCCUCUGAGCACUCUCACGCUCAAACUUCCGACAAGGCAGAAAUAAACACUGCUUGUGCUUAUUCAAGAUGUCGGUCAAAGAAGGCAACUCUAACUUGUCCUGGCUGCAAGGCGGUCAACUAUUGCGACGAGAAAUGCGAAAAUCUGGAUCGCUCGUUCCAUGGGCAACAAUGCAAGGAUGUGCAGUCACAAAAUUCGAACAAGAUUUUUCCUACAGCUGUGCGCGCCACAAUCCAACUGAUCAGCCACCCUGUAUCUAUAACCAAAGACUCAUCGUUUAUGGAGCUCUCGUCUCACCGGGACGAUCUUGAAAAGAACAACUCAAAGUGGGAUGAUCUCCUGUUGCAAGCACAUGCUCUCUCCACCAAUGCAUUUCGCGUCGAGUCCAAUGUCGGCAAUGGACCAAUUGGCCUUUGUCUCGAUCCCUUAUUAGCACGCGCUAAUCACUGUUGUUAUCCCAACGCAGCUAUCACAUUCGAUGGAAAGCGUGCUACCCUCCGAGCUCUCUUCCCCAUCAAAAAUGGAGAACAAAUCUUCAUUUCGUACAUCGACGAAACACAACGACAAGAAGUCCGCCAGGCGGCAUUAGAAGAAACAUGGUUUUUCAAAUGUCGGUGUUCCCGCUGCACGAAUUUUCAAAGCAUAUACGAGAAUUUUAUGACUUAUCCCACCAUCUUCACUCCUAUACUCGACAAGCUGGUCCCAUUUCAAGCAACCUAUGACUUCGCAAAAUCCCGCGUGGCAGAAGAAGAUCCAAAUACUGUAACUCAACUCUUCUCUUUACUCCACGUACAGCGUCAUAUCGAAGCAAGCGUAUCAAACGCCCACAAAGACCACCAAAACAUCGACCACCGUCUCGAUUUCUUCAAAGAAGCACUAGGAAACCUAAACGACCUCAUUCUGUUACAGCGUUAUGCGCAACAACCUUUAUCCAUGCUUCUCAACGAAAUCUAUCUCAUCUAUCUAGAAAAAUCAGAAUAUAUCCCUGCGCUAAUAAUUCUCAUUUUCCUAAUCCAUCAUACAGAUCCCAUAAAUUACCCCAGUCCAUAUCAUCCCCAACGAGUCACUCGACUACUAGCUCUGCAACGUCUUCUCAAAAUAAUGGCAAGCUAUGAUGUGGAAAUUCUUAGGAAAUUCGCAGCGGAGAACGGCGUGCAUGCAAAGGUUCUGUGUGAAAUAGAUUGGGUGAGUGCGUGUCAGAUGGUUAUGUAUGCGUUAAGGGAGACGGGGAAUAAAUGUUGGGGGGAUGAUAGUAAAGUUAUGAGGGGGGUGGAGAUGGAUAUUGCGGAUGUGGAGGAGAUUCAGGGGAGAAGGGGAGAUGGAGUCGUGGGGAGGGCGUUGAGGGAGUGGGGAGGGGGCAUGGAUGGAUUGGGAGAGGUUUAUGCGGAGAGGUUGGGGGCUGGGUUAAGGGCUUUGGCGGAUGGUGUGUGGAAGGUUGUGGCGCGUGAGAGGGAGACCGUGCAUGAGGUUACGAACUUGUGA